AUGUGUAUCAGUGACAGUGAAUCUGGGGACUAUAUUGUGAAUAGUGGAGCCUGUUCAUCUGAGGAUUUGAAUGAUAUGAAAUAUCUCGUCACAAACCAACAACUUACAACUGGAAAGGUGAGUGUAUCCGUGAGCCUGACUUCAGAUUAUAAAGCUAUAUUUGUUCCUAAAUCCUUGUAUGGUUGGUUGUAUAAGAGGGAUGGAGAUUUUACAGAAACUAUUCAGAUGUUCCUAGCUAAACUUAAAGAUUCAGGAGUUGACAUAUUUAUCGAAAAAGAACACUUUGGCAGAGCUCUCAAAGUUUAUGAAGCUGAAUCCCAACCUCUUCCACUGACUCUAGAGAACUUUUAUUUAACCUUUAUCCUGUACAUUGUGGGACUUGUAGCUGCAACAGCUAUAUUUCUCUAUGAAAUGUAUUUCAAGAAAACUUCAACUGUUAAUUAAAUAAAUACGUUAGAAUUGAAAUUUGAAAUUUGAAAUACACA